AUGUCUGCCAACAAUGCACCGCAACCGGUGAAGCUCUCGCUGCCUCUUGAAUACCAGCAACACCUGUUUCAGGAGCUCCGUGGCGAGGAUGAGCUUGUCGUACUCGCCAGGGGCCUCGGCCUCAUGAGGCUGGUGACCAACCUGCUGCACAGCUAUGAUGCCGCUGGGAACAACCUCGUGAUCGUAGUGGGUGCCGAGGACCGCGAGAAUGCAUGGAUCGGCGAGGCUCUCGCUGAGCAUGCUGCCAUCAGCAUGUCGCCCAAGGCGAGGGGCCUCACCGUCGUGAACACCGACUUCACCAGCGUCGCCGCCAGGGAGAAGAUGUAUGCUCGGGGCGGCAUCUACAGUAUCACGUCCCGCAUCUUGGUCGUCGAUCUCCUGACGACGCUGCUGAACCCCGAGACCAUCACCGGCGUGAUAGUGCUUCAUGCGGACAAGGUUAUUGCAACCUCACUCGAAGCAUUCAUCCUUCGUAUAUAUCGGCAGAAAAACAAGGUCGGCUUUCUCAAGGCCUUCUCCGAUAAUCCAGACCCAUUCACUAUCGGCUUCUCGCCGUUAUCUACCAUGAUGCGUAACUUGUUCCUGCGGAAAGCCUCUCUGUGGCCACGAUUUCACGUGACCGUUGCGGGUUCGUUAGAAGGCAAGAAGAAGGCGGAAGUCAUUGAGCUUGAAGUUCCCAUGACAGACGCAAUGAAGGAGAUCCAGACCGCCAUCAUGGAGUGUGUAGAGGUCAGCAUUCACGAAUUGAAGAAGGGAAAUACCGGUCUAGAGAUGGAGGACUGGAACCUCGACAGCGCCCUCCUGAAAAACUUCGAUGUCAUGGUACGCAGGCAGCUGGAUCCAAACUGGCACCGUGUCAGUUGGAAGACCAAGCAGAUAGUUAGCGAUCUGACAGUCCUCCGGAGUAUGUUGCACUCGGUCUUAGCGUUCGACUCGGUGUCGUUUUUGCAGCAUCUAGAUACCAUUCACGCAGCCCAUUCUCCCCAGCCCGGAUCAACCAGGCAAAACCAGUCUCCCUGGAUGUUCCUCGACGCUGCCCAUACCAUCUUCAGCACUGCAAAGCAGCGAGUUUACUCCAGCAACAUGAAACCUACCGAAAGGACGUCAAUAGACUCUCUCCGCCCUGUGCUCGAAGAACAACCGAAGUGGGCCGUUCUCGCAGAGAUCCUAGAGGAGAUAGACCGCGAUUUAUAUUUUGAGCCCGCUGUGAAGGAUGACUCCAAUGGGACCAUUCUGAUCAUGUGCUCAGAUACUUCCACUUGUCGUCAGCUUCGGGAUUUCCUCCAGUUGAUGCACAUCAAGUCGAAAGCCGAUGUUACGGGCGCCAAGCAGGAUGAUGACGAAGAUACCAAGGCCUCUGGAACAUUUAUGAUGAGGAGAAGGUUGCGAGAAUACCUGAAGUGGAAAAGAGAGUUUGCACAAGUCAGCACAGCACUCUUCUCUGAAAAUCAAAAAGCAAUGGAGGGCGCCGCAGACCCACGACUUGGCCAAGGUAAAGGCCGGGUACCGGCCAACAAGCGAAGGAGGCAACGUGGAGGGGGCGCAACGGGUACAGCUCCUGGGAGGGCUGCUAACGGCAGUGUGGUACAGUACUUUGAGAAACCUGCUGAAGUAGCAGACCUUGAGACUGGCGUACAACCGACAGAGGAGGAGGCGAACCAGAAACCCGAUAUCAUAGCCGAUCCACUGGAGGAUAUGGACGACUUCUUUGAGCUGUACGAGAUGCAAGAUCUUGUCGUCGUUCAUGCAUACGAGGGCGACCAAGACGAGCACAUUCUGGAAGAAAUCAAACCUCGCUACAUCAUCAUGUACGAGCCGGAUGCUAGCUUCAUCCGCCGCGUCGAGGUAUACCGUUCUUCCCACAAUGACAGGAAUGUCAGGGUAUAUUUCAUGUUCUACGGGGGCUCAGUUGAGGAACAACGGUAUCUGGCCUCCGUCCGCCGAGAGAAGGAUGCAUUUACAAAGCUCAUCAAGGAACGUGCUAGCAUGACUGUUGUCGAUACAACAGCGGGCAAUGGAGUCGAGGACCCUCAAGAAGCCUUUCUUCGAACGGUGAACACCCGAAUCGCGGGCGGUGGUAGACUCGCCGCAACGGCCCAACCUCCUCGCGUUGUUGUCGACGUUCGAGAGUUUGGAUCCUCGCUCCCGUCACUCUUGCAUGGGCGAAACAUAAUAAUCGUGCCAUGCAUGUUGACCGUCGGCGAUUAUAUCCUAUCUCCCUCAAUCUGCAUUGAGCGGAAGUCGAUCAAUGAUUUGAUCAGCUCAUUCAGGGACGGCCGUCUCUUCAACCAGGCAGAGACAAUGUUCCAACACUACAAAAACCCGAUGCUACUGAUCGAAUUUGAUCAGAACAAAUCCUUCACGCUGGAGCCUUUUGCCGACCUCUCGGGAAACCUGUCCUCUAUCAACCCGGCCAACAUGCCUUCGGACCUGCAGUCUAAGCUUGUCCUUCUUACGCUCGCCUUCCCGCGCCUGAAGAUCAUCUGGUCCAGCAGUCCCUAUCAAACCGCUGAAAUCUUCGAGAACCUGAAGACACAAGAGGAAGAGCCGGAUCCUAUCACGGCUGUGCGCGCCGGGUUGGACAAGAACAUGAGGGUCGAGGACCAGAGCUUCAAUCUGGAGCCGCAGGAGAUGCUCAGCGCAGUGCCAGGCGUCACGCCCAAGAACAUCAAGAACCUGACCUUGGAGUGUGAAAAUGUCCGAGAAGUGGCAAACAUGAGUUUAAGCGAUCUCGAGCCACUGGUGGGCAAGGAAUCUGGGCGCCAGAUUGAGAAUUUCUUUGCACGGAAUCUGAUUGAUAUCGACUAG